AUGCAAGCUGCAGCUCUGCACGCUAUCCGGACGGCACAUAGACCAGUCUCGAGGCGCGCAUGCCGAAUUGUUGGUGGUGUAAGGUGUCGACAUCCACAUCUUCGAAUUCUACCUCAUCCCCAUCGACAGUUCCACCAGUCCACAGCUUCCUACCAAGCGCCAGAGGAUCCUGCUACCUCCUCCGGGAGGGGAAGAGAUAUACCGCACACAAAAAGCGCCGCAGUUGACUCGGGCAGAGACAAUGCUGAGCAGGAAGUCGGACCCGAUCCGUCGAUAACACCAAUCGAUGCAGAGGGUUCUGAAGUAGAGAGCUCCGCCUUAUCACCGAAAGGGAGAAAUGGGAAAGCUGGAUCGGGGAGAAUAAGGGGCAAUCGAGGACGACAGCCUGAAGGACUACCGCCUGUUAUACUGCCUGAUUGGUUUUGGAAGUCGAAUGUAAAGUGCUCCGAAGACCAGGUAUCGCCUGGUUCUCUUGCAGUUUAUAGUACACCCGAAGUCAACACCGAAACCGAGGGUGGCGAGGACACGUUGAAGAGCGAACCAGCCGAUGUUCCUAGUGAAGUUGCAGAGGCAGAAUUGCCUGUUAGCCAAAAUGCCAGGUACUCUAUGAAUUCCGCCGUUUACCGGGAAAUUAUAUCUUCUUUACGAGCAGGAUUGAGUCUACGUGCCCCAAAAGGCUCCGAGAACCAAUCCAUAACUCGACCCAUCACUGUUUUGCACUGUCCUAAAGACGGCGGGUCAUAUUACCUGGACUCGGUAGUUGAAACUGCUGCGGUGCAGCUCCAAGCCGACCUAAUAUGCCUUGAUGCUCAAGAUAUUGCACAGAUUGUGGGACCUUACAUUGAUGAGAAUGUUGCCUGGACCCAUUCAAGCACGGCUGCGUUGGGAUACGAGACACAGAAAAUUGCGGGGAAGUUGGAGGACUACGAUCAUGACCCGAAUGAGGAGCAUGACGAUUUCGACGGCAUGGAAGAGGAAGAGGAUACUACGGCUAUGUCAAAGAGCAAAGGGCCUACGGAGGUACACAAGAGGAUCGCUGCCGUCCUCGGACUUGGUAGAGGUGACGCUCGGCCUUUCAUGACUUCAAUCCCACUUGAUCGUUUGCCGGGAUUUCCUGUUGGACUUCUAGGCGGACGUGGUGAUUCUCAUCCGCCCGCACCUUUGACCAACGACUCUGACCAAUGGAACGGUCUCAAGCUCACAACCAUCAUCAACACACUGAUCGAUGCUGCUGAUACAAAACGGGCAAUGCAAAUUAACAGUUCCGGAUCUAAGGAAACUGCCGAUCCAGCGAGAACUUCUAAAGGUACCAUUAUACAAAUCAGAGACUAUAAGGCCAUGAGUGGCACUUCUCAGGGUGCGGAACUCCUUUCCCGGCUUCGCACUGCAAUCAACAAGCGCUGGAAGGAAGGCAAAAAUAUCAUAUGCGUUGGGACCACAUCCACUGAAGAGGAAUCUGCACUUUCAAAGCCAGAGAUUCGCCGCCUUCAAUCCGACGUGCUAGAGGGCGAGAAGAGGACAAUCUAUGUACCACCGGAGCGAAAGGAGGAGCAAGAUACAGCAUUUGAAUCUGACGAAAAGGCUCGGAUUCGAAAUAUCAACGUUCGACAUAUUGAGGAGAUGAUCGAGAAAUUAAGUGAGGGCUCCCAGCAUUUGGCUCCGAUCGUUGAUAUCGAAAAAAAUCUGGACAGCGUUGCUGUAUAUUCUUCGGGCCUGGAAGAGGAUGUAUGGACAUAUGCCCGCGUCCAUAGGCUUGCCAUGACCGUGUUGGGCCAUGAAGACGCUUCGUCCGUUAUUGAUGGACCGGUUCUAAGCAAUGCUCUUCAACUACUCGCUUCUAGCGAUGAGGUUAAAUUCAAUUGGGGGGCAAUGGAAUUAAAGGAAGAAGACGCCGAAGCCGAGACAUUCAUGAACGACUUUUCCGAAAUGCCCGGAACGAAGAAGAAUGAAACUACACAGGAAAAACUUAAACAGAUCAGGAAGAACUGCAAUUCUUACGAGAAGAAACUCCUCAGCGGUGUUAUCGUUCCUAGCGACAUCCGUACCACCUUCACCGAUAUCCGUGCUCCAGAGACGACUGUGGAGGCUCUCAAGACAUUGACCAGUCUAUCUCUAAUUCGCCCGGAAGCAUUCUCGUAUGGUGUGCUUGCAACGGACAAGAUACCCGGCUUGCUUCUUUAUGGACCUCCGGGGACUGGCAAAACACUCCUGGCCAAAGCUGUAGCGAAAGAGAGCGGCGCAACUGUCCUCGAAGUUAGUGGUGCCAAUUUAAAUGACAUGUAUGUCGGUGAAGGAGAGAAGAAUGUCAAGGCUGUCUUCAGUUUGGCAAAGAAGCUCUCCCCCUGCGUAGUGUUCAUUGAUGAGGCGGAUGCAAUAUUUUCAGCCCGUGGUCAAGCACCUCGAUCUGGGACACACAGAGAGCUGAUCAACCAAUUUCUUCGUGAGUGGGAUGGCAUGGAUGACCUUUCUGCCUUCAUUAUGGUGGCAACAAACAGGCCAUUCGACCUAGAUGAGGCAGUGCUUCGACGACUUCCGCGGCGACUCCUAGUUGACUUGCCUACCCGGCUUGACCGCGAGGCCAUCCUCAAAAUACACCUCAAAGAGGAGGUACUUGAUGAGUCCGUUUCGCUGUCGAAGCUCGGCCAGGACACUCCCUUCUACUCUGGAUCCGAUCUCAAAAACCUCUCGGUAGCCGCGGCUUUAGCUUGUAUACGUGAGGAAAAUGAAACAGCAGCUAAGCACACUGGUUCCGAGCCGUACGUCUACCCCGCGAAACGUAUCCUCACAAAGACACAUUUCGACAAGGCGUUGGAAGAGAUCAGCGCGAGUAUCAGUGAGGAUAUGAGCACUCUUGCUGCAAUUCGUAAAUUUGACGAAAAGUACGGCGACCGGAAAGGUCGGAGAAAGAAGGCUUCUGCAUUAGGAUUUGGUGGAACUACUGUUGUCGAAUUGGAUUCGGAGGCUGCGAGGGUAAGGAAGAUGGAUGCAUAA